AAGAUGAUAACUGCAAUUAUAUAGCCAAUAUUUGCCUUCGUCUCUUUUUUUUUCUUUCAGGGUCAUUGAUCAACCAACCAGCUGACCAGUUCUCCAAUGCCUCAUGCAAUGAUUCAACAUACUGCUCUCCUGUGGAUGAUGGAGUCGAGGCACCAAGUCCAUAUAAAGCUCUGGAGAUGCUAUUUAUUGCUCUGGUUACAGGCUCUCUGAGCUUUGUGACUGUUACGGGAAAUAUUCUAGUCAUGCUGUCCAUCAAAGUAAACCGCCACCUACAAACUGUCAAUAACUAUUUCUUAUUUUCACUGGCAUGCGCUGACUUGAUCAUUGGUGUUUUCAGCAUGAAUUUGUACACAGUGUACAUCAUUGUUGGCUACUGGCCCCUUGGGCCAGUGGUCUGUGACUUGUGGCUGGCUUUAGAUUAUGUUGUCUCAAACGCUUCAGUGAUGAAUUUAUUGAUCAUCAGCUUUGAUCGCUAUUUCUGUGUGACUAAACCUCUGACAUAUCCAACAAGAAGGACAACUAAGAUGGCAGGGUUAAUGAUUGCAGCAGCAUGGAUCAUGUCAUUCAUUUUGUGGGCUCCUGCCAUCUUGUUCUGGCAGUUCAUCGUUGGACAGCGAACAGUGCCGCCUGGAGAGUGUUAUAUUCAGUUCCUUUCUAACCCUGCGGUGACGUUUGGAACGGCUAUAGCAGCAUUCUAUCUUCCAGUAAUUAUUAUGACAGUCCUGUAUGUCCACAUCUCUCUGGCCUCCAGAAGCAGGGUCUCCAAACACAAGCCAGAGAAGAAAGAGAAGAUGGGAGUAAAAACUCCCAGCUUGAUGAAGAGUCAUCUGUUAAAACAGAACAAUAACAAUGAGACCAGUCCUCAGACUAGCCCACGCUGUACUCCUAAACUAAGUCUGGAUUCAACUACCACUGCACUGGAGGCUGUGAAGAAUGGAAGAGUGGAGGAACCAAAACCAGUUCAACCACAGCCUCCAGCACAGCCCAGUCCAGGACUCACACAGGAAAAAGAGAGCUCCAACGAUUCGUCCACAGUUUUUAUUCCCCCCACAGAACCAAAGGAUAACACCAACAAUGAAGUGAUGUCUGAGGCUGCAACAAAUCCCAAUCCAGUUGCCGCUGCAACAGCCAAUCCUGCUGAACCCAAGAUCAGCGCCACAUCAAAGUGGUCCAAGAUAAAGAUUGUAACAAAGCAGACUGGGGACGAAUGCAUCACAGCUAUAGAGAUUGUUCCUCCUGUAGAGGGAGCUGAGAGACAUUCAAUCCCAAUCAGCCGUCCUAGGACUGUGGCACGAAAGUUUGCAAGCAUUGCAAGAAGCCAAGUGAAGAGGAAAAGACAGAUGGCUGCCAGAGAAAAGAAAGUGACCAAGACUAUCUUUGCAAUCCUGCUGGCUUUUAUCAUCACAUGGACACCAUAUAAUGUCAUGGUGUUGAUUUCAACCUUCUGCCAGUCCUGUGUCCCUGACACUGUGUGGGCUAUUGGCUACUGGCUGUGUUACGUCAACUCAACUAUUAACCCAGCUUGUUAUGCACUGUGCAACGCCACAUUUAAAAAGACAUUUAAGAACCUGCUGCUGUGCCAGUAUAAAAAUAUAGGUACAAGAUGAGAUGGUAGAAGACUAAGGGUGGGUUAGAUUGGGAAUGGGGGGAGGAAGCUUUGUGGAAAAGUGAGUGACAGAGGGCUGAAGGAGCUGAAGAAGAGAAAUAAAUAUCAUAAUUUAAUAGAGGGGUUGCAUCUAAAGGGAAAACAUAUCUGCAGGAAAUGAGAAACUGUGGUUUAUUUUGCAAAUGAAUGCCAGUCAUGCCUAUUGGUACAUGUAAAUUUGUAGUGAAAUUUGAGUAUAAACCAGGGAUUCUUUAACCUGCGCAGCUCAAUCUAAGAUAAAACGUAUAUUAUAUAGAGUGGAAAUAUGGCUUCAUAAAAGCAGGGUAAACAACUGCAAUGAUAGAACAGGGAGGAGAAUGUGAAGAAAUAAACAACAGGUGAAUGGAGGUAUGAGCUGAUGGAGUGAAUUACAGUACUAAUCACGCUGAGUGAUGAUCCUGGAGCAUGCAUGACUGAGGAGGGGCUUUUGUUGGUGCGUGGAUGGAUAAAUGAGUAGAUGGAUGGAUGUUAGACUGGAUAGAUGGAUGGAUGGAUAGCUGGAUGAAUGGAUGUAGACUGGAUAGAUGUAUAGAUGGGUGCAUAGGAGUGGCUGUAAAACAAAUCGAUGGAAGUUUCCAUUGGUGACUAUAACAUUCCUCUUAUUUAAAGAAGAGGAUGAAAUAGAGAGAAAUAAGUGAAGUACAGAGGGUUGAAUGAUUUUGUUACUAUGAUGGCCACUAACAAAUUUAAGAGAAAUGAUUUUUCUAUAUCUGUUGUCAGAUCUGGCCAGUUAGAAUCCUCAGUUUUGACUGAGAAGAAGGUGUGGAUUUUCUCAUCAGUGCUCUACAUACUCAUUUGGAAAGGUACUGGUUCUAGUUAUUAUGAGGGCAAAAUUUCCGAUCUCCUAAAUUUAGGAUUAUUAAAGUGAUUCUUCAAAAGCUGACAGAUCUAGUACCAACACAAACAAUACAGUCAUUUGAUCCCUGUAAAAUUGUCUUGGAAUAAAUCAGUGCAGCCUAUGUGGUUAUUAAAAAAAAACCCUAAAAGAACUACAUGGCAGAUUGUUUCCUUACAAUCAAAGUUCUCAAAAUAUAUGUGGGCACACUAAUAAAACUGUUGCAUCUCCUAAUGUACACUGUAUAGACAAAAGUAUAUAGACACUAGUCUUUAUGGGGCUGUUUUUCUGGGGUUGAGCUAGGCCCCUUAUUUCAAGUGAAGGGAAAUCUUAAUGCUUCAUCUUACCAAGACAUUUUUGACAAUGCUAUGCUACCAACUUUGUAGCAGUUUGGGGAAGGCCCUUUUCUGUUCCAGGAUGACUGUGCCCCAGUGCACAAAGCAGUGUCCAUGAAGACAUGGUUGGAUCAGUUUGCCCCAGAGCUUUCUGUGUUUAUAAAUGCAAUGUCAUUAAAGUCCCUGUUGUCAGGUGCCCCAAUGCUUUUGUCUAUAUACUGUAAUAACACAGCUAAGAAGGUAUUGUGAAGCCCGAUACAGCCACAGAAUUUGGCUGUAUUUGCCAUUCUACUGGUCUUCAUCAUCAUAUAUAAACAUAUGUAAAAGAUGGAAAGGAUGGAAGGAGAAGACG